UUGUUCAUUUCAUAUUGGGUGAGAAUCAAACGCAUGGAAUAUGAGAAUGAAAAAGAGAAAUUCCAGGAGAAAUUAUAGGAUAACUUCGAGGAGAUGUAAAUCGAAAACCGAGCAAAUCGAAACCCUUUGAAGUCACAUGUAAUCUUCUCAGCAAGCUGUAAAAUCAAUUUCCCAGAAAACUAGAAAAGUUUGGAGGAAAAACACACUCUUCCAACCUACCCGUCAAAAUCAUAAGUAUAAUUACUCAACUACGAUGGCGGAAGAAGCAAGGCCGAAGUCAGAGGUGGCUGUUACUGCAGAGACGACGGACAUGGGGAGGAUUUCCAAUGCAUUUUCGCCUCCGAAGCCUUCGUGGUUCACCCCUAAAAGGUUACUCAUAAUCUUCUGUGUGAUUAACUUGUUAAAUUAUUUGGAUCGUGGAGCAAUAGCAAGCAAUGGCGUAAAUGGGAAUCGUAGAACUUGCACUAAAAGUGGCACUUGCACAUCUGGUAGUGGAAUCCAGGGAGAUUUUAACCUGAACAAUUUUCAAGAUGGUGUUCUAUCUUCUGCUUUCAUGGUUGGACUUCUUGUGGCAUCUCCAAUAUUUGCAUCCUUAGCAAAGAGCGUCAAUCCAUUCAGACUUAUUGGAGUUGGAUUGUCAGUUUGGACUUUGGCCACUGCUGGUUGUGGCAUAGCAUUUGAUUUCUGGUCCAUCACUAUCUGCCGCAUGCUAGUUGGGGUUGGUGAAGCUUCUUUUAUAAGUCUUGCAGCCCCCUUCAUUGAUGACAAUGCUCCAGUUACUCAGAAAACGGCAUGGCUUGCAAUAUUUUACAUGUGUAUACCAGCUGGAGUUGCACUUGGCUAUGUUUAUGGUGGAUUUGUUGGAGGCCAUUUCAAUUGGCGUUUUGCAUUCUUUGGUGAGGCCAUUUUGAUGUUUCCAUUUGCUGUUCUAGGUUUUGUAAUGAAACCCUUGCAGUUGAAAGGUUUUACUCCUGCUGAAUCAAAAAAAGCAUUGACAGGUAUAGAGGGAGCUGUCUCUGAAGUUAAAGAUGACUCAACUAGUAAAGUUGACAUGCUCUCCAUUAAGGUAGAGGUGACUGAUCAAAGCUUGAAAGGACCUUCCAAGUCAAGAUGUAGAUAUGUGAACCUGGAUCAGUUAUCAAGAUUUUUGAAAGAUAUGAAAGUGCUUUUACUUGAAAAGGUUUAUGUCGUUAAUGUUCUAGGUUACAUUUCGUACAAUUUUGUUAUAGGAGCAUAUUCAUAUUGGGGACCGAAAGCUGGUUAUAAUAUAUAUAGCAUGAGAAAUGCAGAUAUGGUUUUUGGUGGGAUUACAAUUGUCUGUGGAAUAUUGGGCACAAUAGCAGGAGGUUUAGUUCUUGAUAAAAUGAAUUCAACAAUUUCCAAUGCUUUUAAGCUUCUCUCUGCAGCAACAUUUCUUGGGGCUGCAUUUUGCUUCAGUGCUUUCUGUCUGAAGAGCCUUUAUGCUUUUCUCGUUCUUUUCUCCAUUGGUGAACUACUUGUCUUUGCCACUCAGGGUCCAGUGAACUAUAUAUGUCUCCAUUGUGUCAACCCAAGUAUGAGGCCCCUUUCUAUGGCUAUGUCUACGGUAGCAAUUCACAUAUUUGGUGAUGUGCCCUCCUCACCACUGGUUGGGGUUCUCCAGGAUAAUGUGAACAACUGGAGGGUGACCGCUCUAGUCCUGACGACGGUUCUAUUUCUGGCCGCCGCUAUAUGGUUUAUAGGGAUCUUUAUUCACAGUGUGGACAGAUUCAAUGAAGAUAGUGAGCACCCAGUAACAACAACCGAGAAGACGAACACGAUGCCAUUGCUCGAAGGGAAGACUGCCGGAGAAACAGAACAUUGUGGUGCCUGAUGCCUGACGGGUCGUUCCUGUAAAGUUGGAGCUUUUCUUGCUUGCAGAUGCUGUUUCAAACCGCGAUUAAAAUGUUUCUGUUUCGUCGAUGAAGUUGGCAAUGCGCAUCGCGGGGUUUUACAUCGAAACUGUUGAACAGGUGCAAGGAAACGUGGAGUAACCAUCAAUCAAUCUUGGGUUUUGGAAGCUAGUUUUGAAGUUUUUGAUCUUGCUGUUGGCUGCAAUGGCUUCUGGCUGCUGAAACAGCAUAUCAUGUAAAUAGUUUCAGGUUUCAUGGAUGUAAAUAUGCUAAUUCAUUCUUUGAUACCAUAACUGAGUCAGGUUGAGCUGAGUAGCAAGUUCAUUGAACUUGGCUUGGUCUGGUGUAUGCUUCAGCUGACUAAUGCAAUCCUCUUCCUUUAUCCAGAUUCAAUGAAGAUAGUGUUAAAGUAGAAUUACACAUCAACCACUGUAGUAGGCGAGCUAAUAUGAAUUUCAAAUUAAAGUUGUAUUGCUUCCCAUCUCAAUGAAUAUAUGAAUUAUAGGGUAUUUUUCACGGUCUCUCGAACAAC